AUGGCGCACCUGUUCCGUGGCAAGCAGGCCGGCAUCGCCAGUGAUCUUUCAGUAGGUAUCUCUUCAGAUGUAUUCAUGCUGGAUGAGUUCGCCCGCUAUGGUGUCAAUUCGCAAAUAUCGGUCCUUGCCUAUGAUCCCGUCCAAUCGCUCCUCGCUGUCGGUACAAAUGAAUCCCAGUUCGGCGCAGGCGUUGUCAACGUCUACGGACAGAAACGAGUCAAUGUGACAUUCCACCCUCCCAGACCAUCCUCCAUCAGAGCCAUCCAAUUCUGCGCCGAUAAGCUUGUGGUUCUGGACAGUAAGAACGAUAUCAGCGUCUUCAGCCUCGACAGCAAGCACAUGCUUGCCAACUAUGCCCCUCCUGGUCACGUUACGGCUAUUCUUACAGACCCCAGUCUCGACUAUUGUUUGUCAGGGUUACAAAAUGGAGAAAUCGUGGCGUAUGAUCUGGACAGAGAAAGCAUUACGCCCUUCAAGAUUCCGAAUCUCUGGCGAGAGCGCAAUCCAAGAGCACGACUCAUACCAGUCGUGUCUCUGCAGUUUCACCCCAAGGACAUUGGCACACUACUUGUUGGCUAUUCCGAGGGUGCCGCCAUCUACUCGUUUAAACAAAACAAGGCAAUCAAGUUCUUCCAAUAUGAGGUUCCCAGAGGCGCACCCGGAGGAGACGCAGACCCUGCAGCUGUUGACCAAGUGCGGCAUCCGCGCCUCACACAUGCCAUUUGGCAUCCUACGGGCACAUUCAUAAUGACGGCCCAUGAAGAUUCAAGCUUGGUCUUUUGGGAUCCACGGGACGGAAGAGCUGUUCACGCAAGAACAAUUAAUGAGACAGACGUCAAUCAACCCGGUCGUGGUUCGUCGAGGUCUGGCCCAGGCGGUAUCGCGGUCAAAGAGCCUUACUUCAAUAUUUCUUGGUGUUCCAAGGAGAAUGCAGAUGACACUGGCAUCCUUGUUGCCGGAGGGUCACCUACGACGAAUCCCGCUCACGGGUUGACCUUCAUUGACCUUGGACUCACACCAAACUACCAGACGUCGUCUUGGGACUACUUAGCCGGUUAUUUCAAAAAUCCGAAACGAACACAUGUACUUCCAGCACCACCUAAUGCUCAAGUCACCACUUUCCUCACCAUUCCUCGAGUGUCUCCACACUUUGCUGGCGCCCACGAUCCUAUAGCAGUGUUGGCUGCAUUGUCAUCAGGUGAGCUCAUUACGAUGAGUUUUCCUUCAGGACAUCCCAUCACUCCAACCAAUCAGCUUCAUGUCUCGUUAACUUUUGUACAUCCAUUCAUCACGAAGACUGCACUGGCGUACGUCGACAGAACGAGAUGGCUUGGUAUGCGGGAAGUUCGCCAACAUGGUCCAAAUAUUCUGCUGGGAGGAGCUGCAGGUACGAAGCCUCUCAAACGGCAUGAGAAUCGAAAUAUUGUCCAGGCAGCCCAUGCCGACGGCACUAUUCGAGUCUGGGAUGCUGGACACGGCGACAUGAUCGAGAAUCCCGGUAUGCUUCAGGUUGAUCUUGGCAGGGCAGUUGGCCGAUGGGAUCAGCUGGAUGUCACACAGAUGAGCAUGUCUGGUGCAACCGGCGAGUUAUCGGUUGGACUGAGGUCGGGCGAGUUGGUGGUCUUCAGACUGAAUAGGAAUCAAUUCGCUGGGCAGCCUCCAUCCGAUCCAGGUUCCAAUGGAGGCCCUGGACAGAUGACGGAUAUCUGUAGGAGAGCAGAUCCCAACCUCAAAGAAGGCCUUUUGCCAUUGACGAUGACGAAUGACCAGCAAGGACCUGUUACCGCGCUACGGCACUCUGAUGUGGGAUUCGUGGCGGCGGGCUACGGCGGAGGCGGCGUUACGAUAGUCGACCUUCGUGGCCCAGCUAUCAUUCAUACUGCUCUGCUGAGUGAGGUGGUGGGCAGCAAACAUCGGAGCAAAAGUGUUCGCCGAUCAGGUCCCACUUCUCAGUCUGUUGAGGUUGCGACCGCGAUGGACUUCGGUAUCAUGACUCUGGACGGUGAUGACUACUCUUCUCUCGCCUUAUUCGUAGGCACAUCACAUGGCCGAGUCGCGACAUUCAAGAUCCUUCCAUCUCAAACUGGGCGAUAUUCUGCGAAAUUUGCUGGCGUAACUCAGAUAGCAGACGACAAAGUCAUCUCUACAUCACCAAUCGACACACAGACAGGAUCUCCAGCGGCAGCUACAGGUCACGCAAUGGCGGGCCUCCAAUCCGGGCGAAAAGUGGAUGGCGUCCUGGUCGUGGCCACAAUAUCGUCUGCUCACAUUUUCCGUCCCGCCUCAGCCAAGGGUGCUUCCAAGACCUUCGACCAAUAUCUCUGCGACUCAGCUAAUGUGGUGCGCUUUGAAGAUCGUGGUUAUGCUCUCGUUGGACUCUUUGGAGAUGGUGCGGCUCGAGCAUUCUCCAUUCCCGCCCUGAAGGAGAUUGCAAGUACACGAGUCAACCAUAUCCUGCAUACUAAACGGUUCGGCGAGGCGGUUGUCACUCCGACCGGUGAUAUUCUAGGUUGGGCAGGACCGAGUGAAGUCGCCAUGGUUAAUGUCUUUGGCGCUGGUUUGCCUCUCCCUCCGAGUCCCGAUCGAUUAUAUGAUCCUAUGAAGAUGGUGCCCCCCCGACCUACGAUUAGCAGUCUGCAAUGGAUAGCGGGCACACAGUAUAUCACGCCAUCGGAUAUGGAUAUACUGAUUGGAGGAGCGGACAGACCACCCUCGAAGCGUAUGAUUGCAGAGAUGAGAGCGGCGCAGGAGUCCGAGUUCCAGCGACAGAGAGAAGCGGCACGGACUGGGCGAGCGCCGAAACCGGACCCAAAUCAGGAGUCGUACUGGGCUUAUAUGCAACGACAGCUAGCCGAGAGAACUGAGAACCUCGGUCUGGCUGGUGACAGCAUGGAUCGUGCCGCCGAGACGAGCAGUUCGUGGAGUGACGAUGUCAGUAAAUUUGUUGCGAAGCAGAAGAGACAGGCGGCGUUGGGGUUUGUAACUUCCAAAUUUGGAUUCUGA